AUGCCUUCACAAACUUUAUUGGUUGAUUUCCCAGCGGUUGUCAAAUCCAAAGUUAUCGAAAAGUUGGACUUUCUUUCGAUUUUAAAACUACGCAAAGUCUGCUAUAAUCUACGCCAAUUCAUUGAUGAGAACCCACCAAAAUCACAAUGUUGGAAUGUAAGAGUUUCUACAUUCAGCGAAAUAAUUUCGAUCAAGUUUGAAUCUCCGAAUAACAUGAAAAUAUCUUUUAAACCCAUCGAGAACGGAUGCGUAAUGUCAUGGAGCAAUGACGAUAUAUUCAAGUCAGAGGAAUUCCAUGAUGAAAGUUACAUUGAUGUGUAUUUGAGAGAACUCGGAAUAAUUAUGAAACAUAAACGGAGACCAGUAUUGGAUUAUUUUUCAAUUGAGCUAUUCAAUGGGGAAGGUAGUAAAGAAGUUCUCAAAGAAUUGACUAGAAUCGGAUGUGUCUCUACCGAUGAAUUGACUUUUGUUGGAUGUACCCAGAUUGCCAAAUUUUUACCAUUUUUUGAUUCCAAUAAUUUGAUCAAAAUUCGAAUUAAAUGUCACUUUGUACCGGCACUAGAAGACCAGGAGCAUGCCAUGAGAAUAUUGAAUUUGCAAGAAAUCCGACAGUUGGAGCAGUGGAAAAACUCGAAACACGUGACUUUUGAGGCAGUGGAUUUUUGUGUCCAAAUUCAAGAUUUCUUACAUUUCGAGCAAGUUAGAAUUAAUUGCAAAAUGAUAUCAAUUCAAGAUAUUGUUUUACUAAAAGAGUGUUUCCGGACGUCUUCAACGUUGUCUAGUUUCGUAAUACGAGUAUACGAUGGUUUCAAUGAGAUAGAGCAACUCCAUGCAUCUCUUGGAUUCCCUUCACUUCAAGUCGAUCUCGGCAACCCCGAAGAAAUAUGGUUCUCUCGGAUUCCUAAUAAUGAAGAUGUUUUGAGAGUAUUUUGUAAUAUGGAGGAUCUGUUCUAUUUUUGUAGAAUCAAAAUUCAAGAUGUUCCCAAAGGAGCUGUUAUCAGUGACUGA